AUGCAAAAGCGGCUGCAGGGCGACGUGAAGGCCACCGGGCCUCGUGCAGUCCCUGCCCACCAUGCAUCUGAUCCUCCGACCACACUGGACGACCACUGCUUCCUUGAAUCUGCCUCCUCUUACCUCCUGGCCUUGCGUGUGCCUGUUCGUCCCGUGGAGCCAGCGCUCAGUUCUGUGCCUGCAAGGUAUACAGUUAAGCUGGAGAUUGCCCAGGUUGGGGCCAAGUACCAGGAAGCUCAAGGUCCAGGCCUCCUGGUUGUCCUUUUUGCCCUGGUGCGUGCAAACCCGCCUGCCAACGUGACCUGGAUCGACCAGGAUGGGCCGGUGACUGUCAGCGCCUCUGACUUCCUGGUGCUGGAUGCCCGGAACUACCCCUGGCUCACCAAACACACCGUGCAGCUCCGCUGCCUGCCACACAACCUCUCUGUGGUGGCCACCAACGACGUGGGGGUCACCAGCACCUCGCUUCCGGCCGCAGGCGCCUCCCGGCGCCCAUCCCUGAUCCCUAGUGACUCCAACAACCUGAAAUUCAACAAUGUGCGCCUGCGGCGGGAGAACACGUCCCUCCCGUCCCACCUACAGCUCAAUGACCUCACUCCAGACUCCAGAGGGAAACCAGCGGACCAGCAGGUGGCUCAGGACAACAGCCAGACAGAGCUUCUGGAUCCGGAGCCCAGCGGCCUCCUCACCAGCCGAGGUUUCAUCCGUCUCCCAGUGCUGGGCUACAUUUAUCGGGUGUCCAGUGUGAGCAGUGAUGAGAUCUGGCUCUGAGCUGAGGCUAAGA